CAGAGCCAGAGCAGCACCUCGGACAGUGCCCGUUACCUCCGCCCGCAGACAUGCCCAAAGGCUUCCUGGUGAAGAGGAGCAGAAAGUCCCCACCCGUGUCCUACAGGGUCCGGGACGAAGAUGAGGAGCGCGGGCAGUGGAUGAUGUUCCCCGUUGUGUCCGGGCAGAGGCCGGAGCUGUGCACGGCCACCGGAGGAUCUGCAGCCCCAGCCAGUCCUGACCGAGCCGCCCUGGCGCCCCCCUGCUGCCCCCGGCCGCCUCCAGCCGGUCAGUACGGGAACCCCGACUCUGUGCAGCAGUCCCUGUCCAGCCCGACCCGCCCGGUGAGCCGGGAGUACCUGGACCGCAGCUUCAGUCUGGGCUCCCCGGUGUCCGCGGAGUCCUUCCCGGCUCUGGUGACUUCCAUGGAGCCGCUGCUGUACCCGCCCACCGACCUAAAGAUGAGCUCCUCGGGCAGCCUGCCGCCCGCCUCCUCCGCCUCCUCCGGGGCGCUCCUGAAGCGUCCAGCCGAGCCGCACAGCAAGCUCAGCGGCCACCACAAGCCGCCCGCCGCCAAGAAGACCAAAGCCAUCCGGAAGCUGACGUUCGAGGACGAGGUGACCACGUCCCCGGUGCUGGGGCUGAAGAUCAAGGAGGGUCCGGUGGAUCCGCCCCGCAGCUCCGGCCACAAGCCGCUGGGGGAGUUCAUCUGCCAGCUGUGCAAGGAGGAGUACAGCGACCCGUUCUCCCUGGCGCAGCACAAGUGUUCCCGCAUCGUGCGGGUGGAGUACCGCUGCCCCGAGUGCGACAAGGUGUUCAGCUGCCCCGCCAACCUGGCCUCCCACCGCCGCUGGCACAAGCCCCGGCCCCCCGCGGCUCCCAGCGCCCCCGCCAAAGACGAGCCCCUCAGCGACCGGGACACCCCCAGCCCCGGGGCCUCAGAGUCCGGCUCCGAGGACGGGCUGUACGAGUGCCCGCAGUGCGCCAAGAAGUUCCGGCGCCAGGCCUACCUGCGGAAGCACCUGCUGUGCCACACCGCCGAGGAGCUGCUCUACCCGGAGGACAGGCGAGCCAAGAGCCCGGGGCCCAUCAACCUGAGCGGCAGCUCCGAGUGCCACUCGUGCCCGGUGUGCGGGGAGACCUUCCCGGGCAAGAGCAGCCAGGAGCGCCACAUCCGCCUGCUGCACUCGUCCCAGCUGUUCCCCUGUAAGUACUGCCCCGCCACCUUCUACAGCUCGCCCGGCCUCACCCGGCACAUCAACAAGUGCCACCCGUCCGAGAACCGCCAGGUCAUCCUGCUGCAGGUGCCCGUGCGCCCGGCCUGCUGACCAGCCAAAGACUAGUGUGGGGAGGAGAGGCCUGGUGGGCACUGAGAGGGCAUGGUAAGGGACUGCCAGCAGGAGUGCCCUCUCAUCCCAGGAUCUGCCAAACAAUGGCCUCUGACCACUGUGGCCUGAAGAGAACUGUGCCUUUCCUGACACCAACCCCAUGCUGCCACCCUCCUCUAGCCUAGGAGGGGGGGCACUGCCACCCUGCACCUGGACUGACCUGCUGCCAAAACCAGAAGCAGCCAUAUGAGUGCAUUACAUGUGGUUAUUGUGCUUUAAAGCAAGAUAGGGCAGAGGGUAGACUGUACCAAUGACCGUGCCCACCUGGCAAGGGAGGCAGCAUCUCUAUACCAAAGCAAUAAUGUUCUCCAGAGACCACCACUGAGGAAUGAGACAGCACUACCCGUGGAGGCAAUGCAGCCCCCCCAUGCCACCCCAGGGUGGAAUCUUUGCACUGUCCUAGAGCUUGGCAUUGCCCCUCCAGCCUUAACAGGGGUAACAUUAUUGCUUUCCGGCCGUGCCGCCUCCCGCUCAGUCACUAGUGAUGCAAACCUGUGAUAGUGUUGUCUCUCUGUGUCUGCCAUGGCACCGGGCCUGGCACGGGAAUGUGAGUGUAACUGUUCUGUAGUCUGUUCUGUUGUAGGAUGACGCCACACAAGGUCAUGGUGUUCUUGGUGUGUGCAUAUCUCAUGCCGUGUAGGGUGGGCGCCUUCUUUCCUUGCCAGCUUUGCCCACUCUCCUGUAGAAAAGGGUCUCCUGUAAAUGUCGGCCCCUGUCCGCGUUCCUGUCUGGAGUCCACAUCCACUGCCUUUGAUUCACAGCCUGUCCCCGACCAUGACGAUUAGCUUUAUAACGGCUGGUGAACGCCCCCAGAUCUGAUCUUAGGGGGGGCCCUUGAUUUUAGUCUUUAGCCACAAAUGCCUUGUCUCCUAACUUUGUAGAAGAGACGAUGAACUGCCUUGUAUGAUAGAGAGGCCACGCCAGUGCCCACUGCCGCCUGCCGGCCGUCUCCACCCCUGUCCAAAUGUAUAUGUUAAUUUUAUGAUGAAUUAUGUUUAUUUAUUCCUUUAUUUAUUGCUGUGACCAUUAGCGCAGUCUUCUGCGCCUGACAUUCCCCAUCGUCACCGCUCGCUUUUAUUUAUUUGUCUUUUUGGCUGGAGGGCUCGCGCCUUUCUACAUUCCUAAUCGAUGGCUGUUUCCAUUCAUUGUGCUUUAAGGGGCAGACGGCUCUGUUAAACGGAUAGCUCUUAAUUGUCUAGAAGCAAUCUCUUUUCUACAUACAUUAUUUUCUUAUCUGCUAGCUAUUUAUAGAGAGCUUCGA